AUGGAACACAUCAAAGAAUUACAAAAAGAACGUUUAAGAAUGGAAAAACGACUUGAGGAAUUAACAAAAUAUUUAAACUCUCCUGGAAUCAAAGAUUUUAAAGAAGUAGAUGAAGAAGGAUAUCCAAAUCCAGAUGGUGAUAUGAUUAUAUCUCUAAGAAAGAUUAAACAUGAAUUUAAUUGUCUUAAAACAGAUUAUAAGAAUCUAGUAGAUGAAUUAACUCAAUCAUUAUAUCAAAUCCAUGAAGAAGCAUUACGUUAUGAACAAACUAAUCAACAAGGAGAAAAAAUAACAUAUGACGUCCAACCAUUAGCUAUUAUUAAAAGAAUUGAUUCUGACUCUCCAGCAGAAAAAGCUGGUUUACAAGAAGGAGAUAUUAUUAUUGCUUUUGGUGGAUAUAAAUUAAAAUCUGAUGAUAAACCAUUACAAAAAAUAGCAGAAAUUACUAAUCAAUAUACUGGAACAAAUGGAAUUGAAAUUGACGUAACAAGAAAAGGGGAAAUAUUAAGAACAAAAUUAUAUCCAGACCAAUACAAUGAACACCCUCAUUGUGGGUUUUUUAUAAUUCCUUACUAA